AGUGUGAUAAAAGAGAGAGAGAGAAAGGAAAGAAAGAAUUGUGUAAGAAGUGAUAUGCGGAGUGAAACUGUGGAAUCUUAAUUGUCUAAGUGGGUGGAAAAUGUGAUAAAUGAGAGCUAUUAAAGAGGAGAGAGAGAAGAGGAAAAAAAGGGAAGAAGGAGGAAAGGAAAAUUUGCAUGAGAAGUGAUAUGUGGAGAUGAAACUGUGGAAUCUUGUCUGAGUGUGAUGGGGUGAGAAAUGUGAAAAACAAGAGCUAGAAAAGAGGAGAGAGAGAGGGGAAAGGAAGGGGAGGAAGAGAAAGGCUGAAACGAGCACCGUGAAAUGAUGGAAAUGUGAUAAACGGAGACUUGGAAGGACGAGAGAGAAAGAAAAGGAAGAGAAAUAAUUAAGACUGAAGUGAUCGUGUAUAAGAAUUUUUAGUAAUUAGAUAGUUAAGUACACUCCCUCACUCACUCGCCCACUCAUUCACUCACGCAUGGCUACCUUUCACUAUCCCUUCCCUUCCCUUCCUUUCCCUUCCUUCCUUUCCCUUUCCUUCCCUUCCAUUACCAUUAGUGACAUUUUAAGACAGAACUCCAUUGAAAUACUUGUCGUAGUAUAAGUUUAUGACAGAAUUUUGGUACACGAAAAAUCAGAAGGAAGAGGAGAUAGACAAACAACAUAAACAAAAGCAAAGUUGACUGGAAAUACCAAGAGAGAAAGAGUUAAGACGGAGAGAAAUAUGAGGGAGAGAGAGAGGAUGCAGUGGUCAUGUAAACAGCAGGUGUCCAAGUUGCCUAUAUGAUGUUAAUUAAGGGUUAUUGAGGUAUGUGGAAGCGGCGAGUGUAUAACGAGGGUGUGAGUCAGUUUAUCAGGCAGUCUCAGCUCUGGUAAGGUGAAGGGAGGGUGUCAGUGGCUUGCUUAUGAAGAAAAGGAAGAAUGUUAAGAUGACGGACUCCAGCGACGAGGAAAAGGUGCAAGGGAGAAAAUAAACGUCAGUAGCAUUUUAUCUCAGGAUUUAAAAUGUUGCUAGAAGAGUACACCUGGUUCCACGAGGCCCCUGAGGUCUUCAAGGGGGUGAAGACGCCCCAGACGGCCCUGGAGGAGGAGCAGAAGGUCCUCACGGUGCGCCAUGUGGCCUACGGGGUGGUGGCGCCCAUCCUCCUCUCCGUCGGCAUUGUUGGAAACGUCCUCGUCCUCGUCCUCCUCAGACUACCACGGUUCAAGGGGGUUGUAUUUUCCUACUUCAUCGUGUUGGCAGGGGCGGAUCUUCUCUCCUUGGUCUUCUGCAUCUCUCCAAUCCACCACGUGCUCACUGGGGCCUCUCUGUACCACUCCACCACUGUCUGGUACUCCUACUUCGAGCUGCUCUUCGUCGGAGUGGCCAUGUCCUUCUCUGUCCUCGUCGUCGUCUGCAUCACCGUCCACAGAUUCUUCUCCGUCUGUCGUCCGACGCACUUCAAGAGGAUCAGCACGCCUCGAUUCGCCAGGCUCUCCAUUGCGGUGGCUUUUGGCGUUUCUGUAGUCUCUUGGGUUCCUAUGUGCUUCCUACGAGAGCCAAGGAUAUCCGAGGAGUGCGAGUCAACAUCCUUCACCCCACCUGAUAAUAGGACAUGGUGGGUUGCGUGUCUAGUUCAUGAUAUGGAGGAUAAAGGGUAUUUCGUGGCCUAUGUCUGGGUACGGCAAGCUCUAGUCUCGUUUCUCCCUAUCUUCAUCGUUGUCUCCUUGAAUAUGCUGACGUUACGAGGGUUUAUGAAGCACAGGAGGAUGAGACAUGACCUUUUUCACAGACAGGUCAGAGCGCAGGCAUCAGAGCGGUCCUCGGGUCACGUUAGUACUCGGGAGGAGAGAUAUCUGAUGGGUCUUCUGAUAGCUGUCAUGUCCUCGUUCGUCGUCACCAUCAUUCCUUCGGGUAUAGCCAACGCCAUUAACAUAAGCAGGAGCACCAGUGAGUUAAACUUCGUCAUCUUCAAUGCAGUGGCGAAUUUACUGGAGAUUCUGAACCACACGUUGAAUUUCUACCUCUAUAUCCUUUGUAGCAAGCCGGUGAGGGAGUCGUUGAUGGAGUACUACACGAAAUACAGCAGCGAGCUCGGUAGGAUCCUAAGAGCGAGGUUUGGAAGAAGGGAGAAUGCGAAGGAAGAGAGGUCAAGAAAUUCUGAGAGUCCUAUGUCCAAAGCAGUGCAAAGUAGAGAUUCUGAGAAGGUGUUUGCCAUAUCCUGUACGCGUCUUGACUCCACUGGACAGGUCAUGGAAGGUAAUUUGGGCUUCGAGGAAUAUAGAAUGAAUGAGGAUCUCCAUGAUAUCCUAUUCCCCCACGUCAUCAAAGGGAAAAAUAACGGUCGUGAUAAUCCGAAUUUUGAGUUUGGUUUGUGAAAUGGUUAAUAUUAUAUGGUGUGUGUCUCAGAUCAGAAUUGUAUCUAUAUAUUAUCAAACAGUAUUAAGCUAUGCGUAUAUGUAUGUAUGUAUGUAUGUAUGUAUGUAUGUGACGGGUAGCAUACGCCCGAGGUUGUGUUGCUUCACUCACCCGCCGCCUGCACUCUAUUAUUGUUAUUAUUAUUAUUAUUAUUAUUAUUAUUAUUAUUAUUAUUAUUAUUAUUAUUAUUAUUAUUAUUAUUAUUAUUAUUAUUAUUACUAUUUUUGCAGUAAAUAAAUGAAAUCCAGU